AUGGAAUUUCUUCAGUUUCCCCUAGCUCUUUGCUUGGCAAUGGCGGUCAUUUUUCUCUUCAUGUUGUGGAGGUUGUUAUAUUCUUGCUGGGUUUUGCCAAACCAGGCAUACCAGAAGCUUAGGAGGAAUGGAUUUAGUGGUCCAACUCCAAGUUUUCCUCUAGGAAAUAUUGUUGAUAGGAAGAAGAGUCUCCACUCUUCUUCUUCAUCUUCUUUAAGCCUCACACAUGAUAUCCAUUCAAAAGUAUUUCCAUACUUUUAUCUAUGGCAGAAACUGCAUGGGAAGGUGUUUAUUUAUUGGUUGGGGACAGAGCCGUUUCUAUACAUUGCAGACCCUGAGUUUCUAAGAAAGAUUUCGGCUGAUGUUAUGGGCAAGAGUUGGGGAAAGCCCACUGUGUUUAAAAAUGAUAGAAAACCCAUGUUUGGUAAUGGUUUGGUUAUGGUUGAAGGUGAUGAGUGGGUUCGUCACCGGCAUAUUAUUACCCCUGCAUUUUCUCCUGCAAAUUUGAAGACUAUGUCAAGCAUGACGGUGGAAUCAACCACAAACAUGCUCGAUCGGUGGACGGCCCUAAUCACCUCUGGAAAGCCCGAAAUCGACGUGGAGACAGAAAUCACGAGCACAGCCGGAGAGAUCAUAGCGAAGACGAGCUUCGGAAUGAGCUACGAAAAAGGGAAAGAAGUGUUCGAAAAACUAAGAGCCAUGCAAAUGGCACUUUUCAAAUACACCCGUUACGUGGAUGUGCCCUUCUUGCAAGACUAA